AUGGGAAGGGAUCGUCCUGCAAGUCCGGAUCGCAGAGAUAGAGAACGAGGACGCGACAGGUCCAGGUCUCCUCGUGACCGCUCCCGCGACCGGGACCGACGCAAGGACCCCCGCAAGCACAACGACGACGACGGCGACCGGCGUCACCGCGACCACAAGAGGAGCAGCAGCCGAGAUCGCGACCACGACAACAAGAGCAGGCGCAGACGCGACCGCAGCGAGAGCGCUGAGCGUGACAAGAAGAAGCGCAAGCGCGACAAGUCGGAGGAACGGAAGGCUCGCAAGGCGGAGAAGAAGCGCGCUCGGGAGGAGGAGGAGGCCCGCCGUGUCGCUGAGCUCAGUGUGUACAGCGCGACAGACAACCCGUUCCACGACGUCAACCUCGACCAGCAGUUCCGUUGGCACAAAAAGAACGAGAAGGAGCGCAAGGAAGGCCUCUCCAUCGCUGAGUCGCAGCGGCGCGAUGCUCUGAGGAGACAAGAGGCCAAAGAGGAGCUUGAACGUCUCAACAAGAGGAGGGCAGAGCGAGAGGCAGAACAGCAGCUUAGGGAGGAGGAGGAGGUGCGCAUGCAUCGAUUUGCCGAGUCUGCCCAAAUGGCGGACUGGUUAUCGAAAGAGGAGGACUUCCAACUCGAACAAGAACGCAGUCGAGCCAUCAUCCGUAUCAAGGAGAAACGGGCGAAGGCAAUCGACUUCCUGGCACUCAAUCUGCGCUACGUGAACCCCAUUGACGAAGAAGAGGGCGACGAGCUUACACAAGAAGGCUUGGAGAUUGAUCUAGACGAGCCUUAUAACAUUGUUGACAGCUUGACGGCUGAGCAAGUGGAGGAAUUGCACGACGGCAUAGAGCGGUACUUGCAACUGGAGCAGUCAGAAACGAACAUUGAAUUCUGGACGAACAUGAUGGUAAUCACCAAAGACGCACUGGAGCGCAUCAAGGCCUCUCAGCGACUCGGAGCAGAGGCUGCCGCGGCGGUAGAGGCAGAUAUCACCGCGCUCCUGCGCGGCAAGUCCUAUGACCAUCUUGUCCAGCUUCAAAAACAAAUACAGGCCAAGCUUGGCAGCGGAGAACCCAUCGACGUGGAAUACUGGGAAAGCUUACUCAAGAAGCUGCUGGUGUGGAAAGCUAAGGCGAAACUCAGGACGCUGCAUGAGGUCGUGGUUCGCAACCGGCUGGAGCAACUCCGGAAGCGGCAGCGCGAUGAAGCACUGAAGGCUCAGGAAGAACUCCUUGCUGGUGUGGCGAAGUCAGCACAACGUGGCGAGGCACGCAACAUGGUCCCGGCGCAGACAGAAAAUGAUGCGGUCGAAGAGACUGAGCCAUAUGACCGCUCGAUGAGUCCACCACUCAUCGACAUUCGGAAGCUGCAUCACGAGGAGCGUCAAAUCGACAUUUUGACUGCUAUAGAAGACCUCCGCAUGUUGAUGCAACAGCGGCACACUGUCUCAGGCACACGAUUCAUUCCGAAGACGGUCGAGGUUGCAGCUGAGGAGCAGAAAGUUGAGGCACCCAGCAAUGCAGACUUGGCAGAGGCAAUGUAUCGGGCCGAAGCAGAGCGCGAUCUCGACGAGGAAGAAGAGCUGUUCAACGUCGAGGAGAGUAUCGCUCGCCCGACGUCGUACAACUGGGAGGAUAAGUAUCGGCCGAGGAAGCCCAAGUACUUCAACCGGGUGCAUACAGGGUACGAGUGGAACAAGUACAACCAAACGCACUACGACACCGACAACCCUCCUCCCAAGGUCGUGCAGGGAUACAAGUUCAAUAUCUUCUACCCGGAUCUCAUCGACAAGUCCAAGGCUCCGACUUAUAAGAUCAUCAAGGAGCCAGGCAACGAUGAAACGGUGCUGCUGCACUUCAGUGCUGGACCUCCUUAUGAAGACAUCGCCUUCCGCAUCGUUAAUCGUGAAUGGGAGUUCUCUCAUAAACGUGGCUUCCGAAGUAGUUUCGAUCGGGGAUGUCUUUCCCUGUGGUUCAACUUCCGACGCAACUUCUACCGCAAGUGA